UGCUCAAGGAUUGUUCCUGGCGGACUCCGGGACCAUAUGGGGUGCUGGGGAUCGAAUCCGGGUCAGCUGUGUUCAAGGCUGGAAAGGCCAUUGUGACUAUGUGGUGACUAUAGUUAUCUGACUACUGAUUUUCCUACUGGAAUCAUGGAGGAGAAACAGCAAAUUAUAUUGGCUAAUCAAGAUGGUGGGACAGUGGCAGGAGCCACACCCACCUUCUUUGUCAUCCUAAAACCGCCAGGAAAUGGCAAAACUGAUCAAGGAAUUUUGGUUACUAAUCGGGAUGCUUGUGCUUUGGCUGGCAGUGUGUCGUCAACAGAAAAAUCUAAAGGGAAAAUAUGCCUACCAGCUGAUUGUACUGUGGGAGGAAUCACUGUCACCUUGGAUAACAAUAGUAUGUGGAAUGAGUUCUAUCAUCGAAGCACAGAGAUGAUUCUGACCAAGCAGGGAAGACGUAUGUUUCCUUAUUGUCGUUACUGGAUAACAGGCUUAGAUUCAAAUAUGAAAUAUAUUCUUGUCAUGGAUAUAUCUCCUGUGGAUAAUCAUCGUUAUAAGUGGAAUGGUCGCUGGUGGGAACCCAGUGGGAAAGCUGAGCCCCAUGUUUUGGGCAGGGUUUUUAUUCAUCCAGAGUCACCUUCCACAGGUCAUUAUUGGAUGCAUCAACCGGUAUCUUUUUAUAAACUCAAGCUUACUAAUAAUACACUGGACCAGGAGGGCCACAUCAUCUUGCACUCUAUGCAUCGGUACCUGCCAAGGCUUCAUUUGGUGCCUGCAGAGAAGGCUACUGAAGUGAUACAGUUAAAUGGCCCUGGUGUGCAUACUUUCACUUUUCCACAGACUGAAUUCUUUGCGGUAACUGCUUAUCAGAAUAUUCAGAUUACCCAGCUGAAAAUAGAUUACAAUCCAUUUGCUAAGGGUUUCCGGGAUGAUGGGCUAAAUAGUAAGCCCCAGAGAGAUGGAAAGCAAAAGAACAGUUUUGACCAAGAAGGGAAUAGUGUUCCCAGUUCUCCUGGUCAACGUGUACGUCUUAUAGAAGGUGAAGGGUCAGAGAUACAACUAAAUGAUUUGGAUCCUUCAUCGGGGGGUCAUGAAUCAUCAGGAAAGGGUUUGGAAAAGACUUCCCUUAAUAGUAAACGAGAUUUCCUUGGUUUCAUGGAUGUUGAUUCAGCACUUGAAGCUCCUCAAAUGAAGCAAGCGGCUUCUGAAAGUUUCGUUGCCAACAACUUUGAAGUCAGCUCUGAUGUAGCUUCACCAUUAGACCCAAAUGGAAACUUCAAUGUUGUCAUUAAAGAAGAACCACAGGAUGAUUAUGAAUAUGAAUUUGUUGAGAGCCCAGAAGGGAUAACUAUCAAGCAAGAAGAGACAGAUGAGGAAACAGAUGUGUACUCAAACAGUGAUGAUGAACCGAUAUUAGAAAAGCAGCUAAAGAGGCACAAUAAAGAUGAGAAUCUAGAUGCUGACCACCUCUCUUCUAAAUGGCUGCCAAACAGCCCAUCAGGUGUUACUAAAGCUAAAAUGUUUAAAUUGGAAGCUGGAAAGAUGCCAGUGGUCUAUUUGGAGCCCUGUGCGGUAACCAAAAGCACAGUAAAGGUUUCUGAACUUCCUGAUAGCAUGCUUUCUCCAUCUCGGAAAGAUAAAUCUUCACCGUUGACAGAAUUUGACUAUUUGCCUUCAUAUGUUGAAAAUAUCAGGGAGACUGACUACUGCUUAGACAAGGAAUCUGACAAUGGUCUUAGGAAACAUUUAUCAGACCUAAGAGUGAUACAGAAAUAUCCUUUGCUUAAAGACUCUCAGUGGAAAUACUCUGAUAUGUCUGAAAGCAUUAAUACAGAGAGAAUACUUGACAAUUCAAAGAGUUCAGCUGAGGAAUCAUUUUCAGGAAAAGAGGACUUGGGCAAAAGGAGAAAAACUAUGCUUCAGAUUUCAGCAGCCUCCAAGGCUGUGUGUGCUAAUCAGACUGCCUCAUCCAAUGUUCCUGGCAAAAGAGGAAGACCACGAAAAUUGAAGCUCUCUAAGGCAGGACGACCCCCUAAAAAUACGGCAAGAUCUUUAUCAUCAACAAAGAAUACUGUUAUAGGCCCUGGGAGUACCUUUCCUGAUGUAAAGCCUGAUCUGGAAGAUGUAGGUGACGUUCUCUUUGUUUCUUUUGAAUCAAAGGAAGCUCUAGACAUUCAUGCAGUUGAUGGGACAACAGAAGAAUCCUCUAGUCUUCAAACUUCAACCACAGAUGACCCAGUAGGUUGCAGGGCAAGAAUUUCCCAGUUGGAAAAGGAAUUGAUUGAAGAUUUGAAGGCUUUGAGGCACAAGCAGGUGAUACAUCCUGGUCUUCAAGAAGUUGGCUUAAAGUUGAAUUCUGUGGAUCCAUCGAUGAGCAUUGAUCUUAAAUACCUGGGAGUACAGCUACCUUUGGCUCCAGCUAAUAGCUUUCCUUUUUGGAACCUCACAGGAACCAACCCUACCUCUCCUGAUGCUGGAUUUCCAUUUGUUUCUAGGACCGGCAAGACCAACGACUUUACCAAGAUAAAAGGUUGGAGGGGAAAGUUUCAAAAUGCUUCUGCCUCUAGGAAUGAAGGUGGAAAUGCAGAAGGUUCACUGAAAAAUCGUUCAGCUUUCUGCAGUGAUAAGCUAGAUGAAUAUUUGGAAAAUGAAGGCAAGCUGAUGGAAACAAGUAUGGGUUUCUCUGCCAAUGCUCCCACAUCUCCUGUUGUAUACCAACUUCCUACCAAGAGUACCAGCUACGUACGGACGCUUGAUAGUGUAUUAAAGAAGCAAUCUGCUGGUUCUCCUUCUACCUCUUACUCUUCAAAGUCUCAUUCUGUACCCCCAGUCUCUCGAAAGGCGAAGUCCCAAAACAAACAGCCUACUUCCAGUAACCGAACUAAGUCAUCUUUUAAAUCCAUUUUACCUUACCCCAUUUCACCAAAGCAGAAACAUGCUCAGAUGACUCCAGGAGAUAAAGUUACAAAGAAUUCUUCAAGCUCCAUCUCAGAAAAUGAAGUGAAUAACUUGGUUGUAUCAGGUGUAGAUGAAAAUGUAUUUCCAAAGCAGAUUAGUUUGCGACAGACACAUAACCAGCAACAGCAACAGGGAACUCGUCCUCCAGGUUUGUCUAAGUCUCAAGUGAAGCUAAUGGACCUGGAAGACUGUGCGCUUUGGGAAGGAAAACCAAGGACUUAUAUCACUGAAGAGCGAGCAGAUGUAUCCUUAACAACUCUCCUUACUGCUCAAGCAUCUCUCAAAACCAAACCUAUACACACAAUCAUAAGGAAACGAGCCCCUCCAUGCAACAAUGACUUCUGUCGAUUGGGAUGUAUAUGUUCCAGUCUAGCUUUGGAGAAACGCCAGCCUGCUCACUGCCGUCGACCAGACUGCAUGUUUGGUUGUACUUGUUUAAAAAGAAAAGUUGUGCUAGUGAAAGGGGGAUCCAAAACAAAGCAUUUCCAGAGGAAGGCUGCACAUCGUGAUCCACUGUUUUAUGAAAAUUUGGGGGAAGAACCAAGAGAGGAAGAAGGAAUCAGGGAAGAGGAAGAACAGUUGAAAGAGAAAAAAAAGAGAAAGAAGCUGGAAUAUACUAUAUGUGAAACAGAGCCUGAACAACCUGUUCGACAUUAUCCAUUGUGGGUAAAAGUUGAAGGAGAGAUCGAUCCAGAACCAGUUUAUAUUCCAACACCUUCUGUCAUUGAACCUAUGAAACCAUUGUUGCCUCAGCCAGAAGUUUUAUCUGCUACUGUAAAGUCCAAACCUCUCACUGGAAUUAAACCUGCACGGGUAUAUACUCCCAAACCCAAUCCUGUGAUUCGAGAAGAGGACAAAGAUCCAGUCUAUCUGUACUUUGAAAGUAUGAUGACUUGUGCUCGAGUUCGAGUGUAUGAAAGAAGAAAGGAGGAACAGAAGCAACCAUCACCAUUAUCACUGCCAGUAUUUCAGCCCCAAGACUCAUGUCAGUCUAGUCCUGAGGACUAUAGUACAAAGGAUCCUGAUUCUGAACAGCAGUCCUUGAAACCAAGCACCAGUGACCUGGAGGAUGAGUCUGAUAAAUCACAAGAAAAGAGCUGGAAAUCAUCCUGCAAUGAAGCAGAAUCCUCUUCAACUUCCUAUGUGCAUCAGAGGUCACCUGGCGGUCCUACCAAACUGAUAGAAAUCAUCUCAGACUGCAACUGGGAGGAGGAUCGGAGCAAGAUUUUGAGCAUCUUGUCCCAGCACAUCAAUAGCAACAUGCCACAAUCACUUAAGGUGGGCAGCUUCAUCAUUGAGUUGGCUUCUCAGCGAAAGAGCCGGGGUGAGAAGAACCCUCCUGUGUAUUCUUCUCGUGUGAAAAUCUCUAUGCCAUCAUGUCAAGACCAAGAUGAUAUGGCUGAGAAAUCUGGAUCAGAGACUCCUGAUGGUCCAUUAUCCCCUGGGAAAAUGGAUGAUAUCUCUCCUGUGCAGACACAUGCCCCGGAUUCAGUGAGGGAGAGAUUACAUGGCGGCAAAGGUCUGCCCUUUUAUGCAGGACUUUCUCCUGCAGGGAAGCUUGUGGCCUAUAAACGUAAACUCAGUUCAAGCACAUCUGGGCUAAUCCAGGUUAAUGGUAAGAGUUACCCGCAGGCUAAGUUGCUAUUGGGACAGAUGGGGGCAUUGCAUCCAGCCAAUAGGCUAGCUGCUUAUAUCACAGGCAGGUUGCGACCCUCAGUCCUGGACCUCUCAACCCUCAGUACUGUCAUCUCCAAGGUAGCAUCAAAUGCCAGCGUGGCUGCAUCCAGGAAACCACGUACCCUGUUGCCUUCAACAUCCAAUUCCAAAUUGACUUCCUCCUCUGGCACUACAGCAAAUCGCUCUGGGAAGAACCUGAAGGCAUUUGUCCCUGCAAAAAGACCAAUUGCGGCUCGACCCUCUCCUGGUGGUGUGUUCACACAGUUUGUGAUGAGCAAAGUUGGAGCCCUGCAGCAGAAGAUACCUGGAGUUAGCACACCCCAAACCCUAACAGGGCCACAGAAGUUCAGUAUCAGACCUUCUUCAUUAAUGGUUGUUACACCUGUGGUUUCUUCUGAGCCAACUCAGGUGUGCAGCCCUGUGACUGCUGCUGUCAGUACUACCACCCCUCAAGUGGUUUUAGAGAAUGUUACUGCUGUGACACCUGUGACUGCUAUUUCUGACACGGGAGCUAAAGAAACCACUUCUGGUGCCACCACUGCAGGGGGAGUUGAGGUCUCUGAAACUAAUUUCAGCACCUCUGUAACACCUACAGCCACUGUGAACCUUAUCAAAACAACUGGGAUAACUACCCCUGUGGCUUCAGUUGCUUUUCCUAAGUCUUUGGUAGCAUCUUCUUCAACCAUAACUCUUCCUGUAGCUUCCACUGCCUCCACCUCCAUAGUCGUGGUGACCACAGCUGCAUCUUCUUCCAUGGUGACCACAACAACUUCAUCUCUGAGCUCUGUUCCCAUCAUACUCUCAGGAAUUGAUGGGAAUCCACCUGUGAGCCAGAGACCAGAAAAUGCCCCUCAAAUUCCAGUGGCUACUCCACAGGUCUCUCCUAACACAGUGAAACGUACUGGACCGCGAUUAUUGUUGAUUCCUGUGCAACAAGGUUCUCCUACUCUCAGACCUGUGUCAAAUACACAAGUUCAGGGACAGCGGAUGGUUUUACAGCCCGUUAGGAGCCCAAGUGGAAUGAACCUCUUCAGGCAUCCUAAUGGUCAGAUUGUCCAGCUCCUUCCUUUGCAUCAGCUUCGAGGUUCUAAUACUCAGCCCAAUUUACAGCCACUUAUGUUUCGCAAUCCAGGGUCUGUGAUGGGAAUCCGGUUACCCACUCCUUCUAAACCUUCAGAAACUCCAUCAUCUUCUGCUUCAUCUGCUUUUUCUGUUAUGAAUCCUGUAAUUCAGACAGUUGGGUCUUCUCCACCAGUGAAUGUUAUCACUCAGGCACCAUCAUUGAUUUCUUCUGGACCUGGUUUUAUGUCUCAGUCUGGUACACUGACCUUAAGGAUUUCUCCUCCAGAAUCACAAAGUCUUGCAAAUAAAACAGGCUCAGAAACCAAGCUAACCUACAGCUCAGGAGGGCAGCCUGUUGGUACAGCAAGUCUUAUUCCUCUUCAGUCUGGUAGUUUUGCCUUGCUGCAACUUCCAGGACAAAAACCUGUUCCUAGCUCCAUUCUUCAGCAUGUUGCUUCUCUUCAGAUGAAGAAAGAACCACAGACUGUAGAACAGAAAGAUGAAAUAAGCUUGUUAAAGAGAGAGCAAGAAAUUAAGAAAGACCUACAAUCAGAAAGGGAAGGUAACACUGAGGUUACUAUAAUAAAACAAAAUUCAGGAGCUACUACUACCUCAGAAGAAUCCAUGAACGAUUCUUUGGAAGAUCGGAGUGAUCAUUUAAAGGAAGAAUCCAUUACAGAAGACAGCCUAACUGAUAAACCUUCUGAAAACUCCUAUAUCGCUGGGUCCUGUGUUAAUGAAGACUACAAAGAUGAAAAUGAAGAAUAUAAGAUUAGGAACGCUAAAGAAAAACUGACUGUUUCAGAAGUUAAGACUAUUCCUGGAAAAGUGAGUAAGAUAACAGUCCACAGUAUAAGUGACAUACCACUUAAAAAACCUAGUGGUAUGAAAAUGGACCAGCAGAAAGGAUCAAACAAUGCUAUCAGAAAAGCGAAUGAAUUUCCAGUCAUCCCUAAGGAAGAAAGUAAGCUCAAUUUCUCAAAGAGCAAAGUUGUGGACCAGCUAGGUCCAAAGCCAGAUACUAGAGAGAAGGCACAUGGUAAUUCUUUAGAGAAGGACAAUGUUAGGGAGAGAUGGAGAAAACACCCAAAGGGCUCUUUGGCCCAGAAAUAUGUUGGAAGUUCACAAGAAUUAAAGAAGGAGGCAGAUGAGCAGUUAAUUAAAGAAACAAAGACUUGUCAGGAAAAUUUAGAUGAGUUGCAACAAGAAGACAUCCCUGAUUUUCUUGGGAGAAGUGGAACUACUGAGAAUGCUCGAGUUUUAAAAACUGAAUGUGAUUCUUGGAGUACUAUUUCUAGUCCUGUGGCCUUCUCUAUUGUUCCUAGGAGAGCUACAAAAGAGAGCAGAAGAGAAGGACGUUUUCAGGGUCAAUUAUUGUUAUCAAGAGAACAAAAACAACCAAAACAAGAAAAGAAGGGUGGGAGAAGUCAUGUUGAGUUCACUGCCAUGGAUUUGGAAGAGGAGGACGAGGAAGAAGAGAAUGAGAAAACCGAUGAUUCUAUUGAUGAGAUUGUGGAUGUUGUUUCUGACUACCAGAGUGAGGAGGUUGAUGAUGUAGAAAAGAAGAACUGUGUACAAUACAUUGAAGAUGACGAGCAGGUGGAUGUUGAGACUGUGGAAGAACUCUCUGAGGAAGUUAAUUCUGCUCGCGUGAAGACCACAGUUGCUCACACACAGACUUCAAAACAGUGCCGAACCCCCCAUAUAUCUGCAGAAGAAAAGACUGCUGAAAGAAGUCGAAAGGCAUCAUCUGUUCCUCUGAAACUAAAGCCUGAUUACUGGAGUGAGAAACUACAGAAAGAAGCUGAAGCUUUUGCUUAUUAUCGCCGAACACACACUGCCAAUGAGAGGCGUCGCCGUGGUGAAAUGAGGGAUCUUUUUGAAAAAUUAAAGAUCACAUUGGGGUUGCUUCAUUCUUCCAAAGUUUCCAAAAGUCUCAUUCUCACAAGGGCAUUCAGUGAAAUUCAGGGACUAACAGAUCAAGCAGACAAGUUGAUAGGUCAAAAAAAUCUUCUGACUCGCAAACGGAAUAUUUUGAUACGCAAAGUAUCAUCUCUUUCAGGUAAGACAGAAGAAGUAGUUUUGAAGAAGCUAGAGUAUAUUUAUGCAAAGCAACAAGCAUUAGAGGCACAAAAAAGAAAGACGAAGAUGGGACCAGAUGAAAUUGAUGUGUCUGUCAAAACUAGCAAACAGCCAGAAGGAUCUUCUACAUCAUCUGUAGUUCUGGGAGAGAUGUUUAUAAAUAACAGGACGGGGAAACCUUUGAUUCUUUCUCGAAAGAGAGACCUGGCUACAGAAAAUACCUCAUCCUCUGAUACUUCUCACACCUCUGCCAACAUUGUGAUGACUCCACAAGGGCAAUUACUCACCUUAAAAGGUCCCCUAUUCUCAGGACCAGUGGUAACUAUUUCUCCUGCUCUCUUAGAAGCUGAUCUGAAGCCUCGUGUUGCCAGUAGUGCUGUGGCUCAAUCGGAAAAUGAUGACUUAUUUAUGAUGCCAAGAAUUGUUAAUGUGACAUCAUUGGCUACAGACGGAAGUUUGGUGACUAUGAGUGGCAGCAAAUAUGAAGUUCCUAAUGGCAAGCCACCUGACCACCCGAAAAACACUGUCAGGAAUGAAGCCAACUCUUUUGAAGAUUCAGGCAAAAUCUCUUCCAGAGGCAACCAUAGAGAUAGCCGAAUGACACUGGGUUCUACUAAGGUUUUUCUCACAAAUAAAGAUUCUGGUAUAAAACAAAUAGUUGAAGUUUCCAGAGUCCAAGAAACUAAAAAGAUUUCUGGUGAUAAUAGAGGGAGUCAGUAUAAAUGGAAAGAAAGUGAAUCAAGACGGGAGAGACUGAAGCCAAAGGAUUCUUCGUUUCAUAAACUAAAGAUAAAAGAUCUCAAAGACUCAAGCAUAGAGAUGGAACUAAGAAAGGUGGCAUCUGCCAUAGAGGAAGCAGCACUGGAUCCCAGUGAACUGCUAACUAACAUGGAAGAUGAAGAUGAUACUGAUGAGACACUGACUUCUCUGCUCAAUGAAAUUGCCUUUCUUAAUCAGCAGUUAAAUGAUGACUCUGGUAGCCUGGCUGAACUGCCCAACUCUAUGGAUACAGAGUUCCCGACAGAUGCUCGGAGGGCUUUUAUCAGUAAACUCUCUCCUGGAAAUCAAGAAACUUUUCACGUUGGCCACUUGGGGACAGGUUUGAAAGACUUGCCUGAUGUGCAAGGGGAGAGUGAUUCUGUCAGUCCCCUCCUCUUGCACUUGGAAGAUGAUGACUUCUCUGAGAAUGAAAAGCAAAUUGCAGAAACAGCCUCUGAGCCGGAUGUUCUUAAGAUCGUUAUUGACUCUGAGAUGAAGGAUUCCCUUCUUUCCCACAGGAGAGACAGUGACGGAGGGAAGAGUACUUCUGGUAUCCCUGCAGAAGCUGAAAGUGUGUCCUCACCCCCCAUCCUACAUAUGAAGGCUAGUCCAGAGAAUAGCACAGAUACUUUGUGGAGGCCUAUGCCAAAAUUGGCACCUUUAGGUUUAAAAGUAGCUAAUCCUCCUAGUGAUUUAGAUGGUCAGAGCCUCAAGGUGAUGCCUUGCUUGGCACCAGUAGCUGCCAAAAUUGGGUCAGUUGGACAUAAAGUAAACUUAACAGGGAGUGACCAAGAAUGCCGGGAAAACAAGAUGAUGCCUGCAUUGGCACCUGUUGUAGCCAAAUUGGGCAACUCUGGGACCUCACCAAGUUCUGCAGGGAAAUGAACUAACUUGUCUUCAUUUUGAAGCCAGGCUGUGAUGGGAAAUCUCCUUUCUCUGCAUGCAUCUGUGUCAUACUGUGAUCCUUGACUAUGAUACAGUAGUUAAUGGUAGAGAAAGGGGGUAGGGUGCUGACCUUGAUACAAGAAAUCACUGUUAGGAAAUUCUGAUCAUGUUAAAAUGUGUUACCUCACUUGUGGUGCUGGGUCUCCUCAUCCUCUCUAAGAAGAUGUGAUCCAUUACUGAAUACGAGGUGCCCGUCUUACCCAAGGAAGUCAAAACAAGACAAUAGGUCCAUAGUAGUUCUUAGUUCUUUCCUCCCGGAGAAAAAGCUGCUUUUGACUUUGGAGUUGCUAUGGACUAGUCUUAGUUGAUUACUGUUGUGUAAGUUAAGUCUGAAAUCCAAGGAAUGUGAUGCACUGUGCAGAGGGAUCCAGAAGAGAUCUUUUUUUAAGUUGGUGUUUUAAGAGUAGGAGAAGAGGAUGGGUACCAUGGAAUACCAAAGUGAAGUACUUCUUGUCAUUUGUCAAAAUGUUAUUUUCUUUCAUGCCCAAGUAGCUUUCAUUUCCUCACCUUUUCAAUCAGAAUUGUAAAUCCAAGCCUUCUCAUACAGUUGGAAUGCUUCUAACUUUUAUAACUAAGGUGAUUAUUUUGAGGUAUCUCAACAAAAAUACUAGUUCUUCAUUAUAAUGUCUGGGUAUUGAAAAGACCAUUUCACAGUGCUAGGAAUUUCUACUCAGAAUGUAUAUUUUGAAGGUAAGCAUAGAGGGAGUUCUUCCCCCUUCACAAAUCAAAGAUAGCUAAAAUGAAAAGCAUAUCCUCCCCAGACUAGAGACAAAAUUUUUUAAAUGUAAGACUGGUUAUUUCCAAAAUCAAAACAACCUCCUGGUGCUUGAAGGAGCUAUUACCUGCACAGGAUGUAAUUAAAAGUUCCAGUAGGUACUCUUUACCAGGGAAAUAAGGCAGUAUUUGAAUCACAAGAUAUAUUUUUUAUUAUCCGCAACCAUGGAUUCAGUGAUACAUAGAGCUUUUUCACUCAGUAGCUGUCAGGGUAUGAAGGACUGACGGCUUGUAAAGACAAAGAUAUUUAUAUUUUUGUAUAGUUGUUUUCAUAGAUUUCUCAAAGGCUGAAGUUUUCAACCUAGAAGAUGAGAUUUGUAUUGAGUAUAGAAUUGAUGUUUCCUAUCUAGUUUGUAAAUAAUCAUGGUGCACUUGAGGGGUCUCUUGGAAACUCCUGGGACAAGAAUCACUAUUCUGAAAAAUAUAUAGACUGGGAUUUAGCUGCUGCAUUUUGCCUUUCUUAAAUAAUUAUAUUUUGGAAUGUAACCCCUGUUCUGUCUUCCUUGACAGGAUAUCCUUGUGUUGCAAAAAAAAAAAAAAAAAAAAAAAAACCCAAACAAAAACAAAACACAAGAGCUUCCAUGCCUUGGGCUGUGCCUGGGUAAUAACUACUUCCUCUACAUCCACUGCCUUUUCCCCAAAUACCACUCAGCAUAUCUUUGACUAGAAUGUGAGAUCAACUUUGGAGUAAUUCUAGCCAGUGAAUUGCUACUUCCAGGGUGUGUUCUCAUUCUAGUGACUAGUAAUUCACAGAUUAAAAAGGUGGAAAAACUUCUUUUGCAAAUUGUAGUUGGGAGCAAGUUCUUUUGUUGGUUUUGUGCUACUUGCCUUUCUAGACCUGCUCAGCAUUCACCCUUCUUUCCUUCUAAGGAUUACUUAAUGAAGCUUAGAGUAGGUAAAGGAUGUCCCCUCAGCUUCUGGUGAUCUCCCCCUACUCCUUUUUAACCCAGCAUAUUUCAUUCAAUGCCUUAGCCAAUGAAUCCAGCAACCAAUAAUUGUCCUUGGAGAUGCUAGUACUUUAAUCCAGGUAUAGCAGUAUCCCAUUAUUCCUUGCUUGUCUCGUCCUUACAUUUCCUCCUGACUUCCCAAGGCUCUUGAUAUGGUUUUUGAGGGUCAGCAAAGGAACAGGCAAGUGAGUGAAUAAACCUCAGGAAAAGAACUGUUCUGUUUCUGAACACCAUUCCCCUUUUUAGAAGAAAAUAGGCAAGCAGGUAAUGUAAUACGUUCUUGAUGGGUAGAUAUUUGACUGUGAGAGAUGGCACAAAGAUGGAAAUGAGAGGUAAUAAUUUCAGGUCUCCUUGGAAGGCUGUAAAUACCAUUAGAGUGCCCCCGCUCUCUUCCCCUCAAGAUAAUGGUGUUUUCAGAACCUCAGAAUUGGGAAUUAAGUCACCAGGGUUUAUUUAAAGAGAGCUCAGUCUUCAGAAAACGCCUGCAGUCUUCAUAGAAAUCUAUAAUCUCCAAAACUUUAACCUUUCACCUUAUCCCAAGAGAAACCGGUAUUUUAGAAAUAUAUGUGAUUAUGGACUACAUAGUUGUGAGAGGAAUGGAGGCAUCUGAAUCUGCAGGAUCAUGAGCUCUUACCCUAACUAUAUCAGAAGCAUGAUCUCAGUAGACCAACUCGCCUUUUUAUACAACCUGUAAAUAAAUGGAAUGUUUUUAAGAAUAUAAUUAUGUCAGAUUUAGCCUUUUCUUUUAUAUAUAAAAUAUAUAUCUUUU